AUGUGGUAUAAAAGGCAGCAGUCGCCAACAGAAAACACAAUCCUCACAAUGGAGCUUCUGGUUUUCAUCUUUACUUUAGUACUCGGUGCGUCUGCCAGGCCCCAGGGCUAUGAUUUGGCCCCACCUUCCGGUCCAUCUCUACUCCCACGAAGAUGUAUUACUGGACAGGUGUUGCAUGUCGACGGCAGAUGCGUAACUCCGCGGGAAAACCGUCGUGUGUUCUUGUAUGAUGUACCAAAAAUUCGAACUCCUUCAGGUCCUCCACCUUUUAUUCCUGCACCAACCGUGGAGAAAAACCUUUUGUUCAUCCGAACUCCCGAAGGAGGACAAGGGCCAGAUCCCAUUGUUGUACCUCCACCACGACAGGAGCAUGUCGUGUAUAUCCUUAAUAAACAGACUGACGAAGGCCAAAAGGUGAUUCAGGUUCCAGCCCCACCCGCAUCUGAUCCUGAAGUUUACUUCGUCAAUUACGCUGAAGGAGAGAACCCAACACUUCCUAGCGGCGUGGACCUGCAGACUGCUUUGAAUGCUGCUUCUGAGACUGAUGGACAGCUGAUCGGAGGUUUUGGUGGUUUCGGGAGUGGUAAUGGUUUGGGCAGCACCAAUGGUUUUGGUACUAACAGUGGUUUUGGCAGUGGCAAUAACGCUGACAGUGGCAAUGGCUUUGCCAGUAGUGGUGGUUUUGGAAGUAAUGGUGGUGGAAUUGUAAAUGGUUUUGGUAGCAGCAGUGGUUUUGGAAGUGCUAAUGGUUUUAGCAGCAGCAGUGGUCUUGGAAGUGCUAAUGGUUUCGGCAGUAGCAGCGGUUUUGGAAGGACUAAUGGAUUUGGUAGCAGCAGUGGUUUCGGCAGCAGCAGCGAUUUUGGAGGUGCUAAUGGUUUCGGCAGCAGCAGCGGUUUUGGAAGUGCUAAUGGUUUCGGCAGCAGCAGCGGUUUAGGAAGUGCUAAUGGUUUCGGCAGCAGCAGCGGUUUAGGAAGUGCUAAUGGUUUCGGCAGCAGCAGCGGUUUUGGAAGUGCUAAUGGUUUUGGCAGCAGCAACGGUUUUGGCAGUGCCAGUGGUCUGUUAAGCGGCAACGGAUUUGGAAGUAUCUCCAGUACUGGGGGCAGUAAUGGUUUCGGGAGCAUCAAUGGGUUCGCACGUACCAGUAGUGUAGGCAGCAACGGUUUGGGUAGUACCAACGGAUUUGGUAGCAGUACCAACGGCUUUGGAAUUGCCAAUGGACUUUCCAGUAUCAGUGCUCUGAGAAGUACUGGCGAAUUUGCAGGCAAUGAUGAUUUGAGCAGUAAUGGCUUCGGGAGCAGCGUUGGGUUUGCAGGUAGCAAUGGUUUCGGGAGCAACAGCGGUUUCGGAAGUAGCAACGGUUUCAGCAGCUCUAAUGGUCUUGGCGUCGUUGGUUUGGGUGGCAGUAGCGUCAGCAAACUUUCAGCCAAUGGACCGGUUUCCUCACCGUCACGUCUGUACAGAGCACCUUAAGAUGUUCACAUCUUACCCAUUUUCAUUACAUAACUGUACACAGAAAAAAAAUCAAUAUGGAUGUAUUUUUGUGAAUAGUUUUAGUACUCGAUAUGCAAAUAUGUGGAUUUUACAUCUAUAAUAAAAUGUUGG